AUGACCCAAAUGGGCACUGAUCUUCUCACCUCAUCCGGUGACCGCACCCUGGACACCGAGUCGGCAUGUUUCCUUCUUCCGCCCCUUACUCGCAGGGGCAUUGGCCCCGGCAUGGUCAUUGUACUUCCUGAUGACCAUUCAAUCCAACCAACUCAAGGCAAAGAUGUCCCUGCACCCGCGUUCAGGUGGGCUGAGGAGGGCUACACCGUUAUUGAAAUACUGGAGUCUGGACUUAAGCGGGAAAACGUGCUGCGUCUAGCCAUUAAGGCUUUGGCCCGUCAUGAUAAAUGCGCUCCGAAUGACAUGAUCAGCAUUCAUAUGGCUCCGAACUAUGGGAAAAGCUAUACCGUCUUCCUGGCUAGCUUGUUUAGCGAGGAGAAAUAA